AAUUUCCCCCCCUCCUCCACUGUUUCGGACUUCGCAAUCUAAGUCCAACACCCACAUAUUCAUUUCAGGAAGAUGCAAGUUGGACCGGCACAGAGCCAGAGACACUUGAUUACCGAAGCGAGAAGAGUAGCAACGCCACAGACAAACUGAAAUGUUUUGAUAUCGUAACUCUUUGGGAAUGCCUCUUUAAAACUUGGUUGUAUCGACGCAUUGCAUUCUAUGUAACUCGUACUACCCCGUCUGGACUGUAUGAUGGACUGGACGGUUAGCAGUCGGGCCCUAUUGUGGUGCAUUUUCACGUUACUGUGUAGUAUUGACCCACUUCAAAGGAGUUUCUGCCGCGCCAGCACCGUCUCCCUCCCCGAAAGCCUGCUCUUUGUGUCCACCCUGGAUGGAAACCUACACGCCGUCAGCAAGAAAUCAGGCUCUAUCAAAUGGACGCUGAAAGAGGAUCCUGUUCUGCAGGUUCCAACGCAUGUGGCGGAGCCAGCUUUUCUGCCUGACCCUAAUGAUGGCAGCCUGUACUCUCUAGGAGGGAAGAACAACGAGGGACUGACUAAACUGCCUUUCACCAUACCUGAGCUGGUCCAGGCGUCACCCUGCCGCAGCUCUGACGGGAUCAUCUACAUGGGUAAGAAGCAGGACCUGUGGUACGUGGUGGACCUGUUGACAGGGGAGAAGCAGCAGACCCUCACUUCCUCCUUUGCUGAGAUGCUGUGUCCCUCCUCCUCCCUGCUCUACCUGGGACGCACCGAGUACACUAUCACCAUGUACGACACCAAGAGUAGAGAGCUCCGCUGGAAUGCCACCUACUUCGACUACGCCUCCACGUUGCCUGACGACGACACCAGAUACAAGAUGGCCCACUUUGUCUCCAAUGGUGACGGGCUGGUGGUGACAGUGGACAGUGAGUCGGGUGACGUCCAGUGGAUCCAGAAUUACAACUCCCCCGUGGUGGCCAUGUACAUAUGGCAGCGCGAGGGCCUGCGCAAGGUGCCUCUCACCAACGUCGCUGUGGAAACGCUGCGCUACCUCACCUUCAUGUCAGGCGAGGUGGGCCGCAUCACACAGUGGAAGUAUCCCUUCCCCAAGGAGAAGAAGCCCAAAAACAAGCUCAUGGCCACACUCUACGUAGGCAAGUACUCCACCAGCCUGUACGCAUCGCCCUCCCUGGUGCAUGAUGGGGUCACGGUCGUGCCCCGCGGCAGCACCUUCCCCAUGCUGGAGGGUCCUAACAGCCAGGAGGUAACAAUGGAGGAGGAGUGUGUGAUCACCCCCAGGACCAGCGUCAAAUUCAACUCUGCCCUGAGGGAACGCAACCGCAUCAACUUCAUGAGGAACCACCUGCUCCUCAUAGGUCAUCAUGAGACGCCUCCUGAUGCCCAUAACAAGAUCCUGGAGAAGUUCCCUGACAGUAUCCCACGCCAGCAGGGCAAUGUCAUCCCCUCCACCACAGAGAAGACCCUAGAGGAGAAGGUGAAUGAGAGUGACAUGGGAGAAGGCCCCACUGUGGGCCCCAGCCCCCCGGUGGUCACCUCCAUCCAGGAGCAGCCGGGGCGAACCUCACAGGUGAGGGUGGAGGCCCCUGUGGACUCUAUGCUUAAAGACAUGGCCAGCAUCAUUUUCAGCACCUUCCUCCUGGCUGGCUGGGUAGCCUUCAUCAUCAUCUACCCCAAGAGUGUUCACAAACAGCAGCAGCUGCAGCAUGAACAGUUCCAGAGGCAGUUAGAUGAGCGGCUGGAUCUCCUGAGGAGACAGCCGUUCUCUCCCCCAGGGACCGACCUGCCCCUGCUGGCCCCGGACGCUGACUCAGACCACAGCAGUCCCAACGGCACCCCCAACAUCACCCCCCGUGCAUCCAACCACUCCAACCUGUCUGUGCCCGAGCUGGGCAGCUCCGCCAACGAGCACGAGGAUGGAGAUGAGGACUCCAACAUGGUCAGAGUUGGAAAGAUAAUGUUCCGUCCCAAAAAUGUUUUGGGACACGGUGCAGAGGGAACCAUCGUGUAUAAGGGUCAGUUUGACAACCGUGCCGUGGCAGUCAAGAGGAUCCUCCCAGAAUGCUUCAGCUUUGCUGACCGUGAGGUGGACCUGCUGCGCGAGUCGGACGAGCACCCCAACGUCAUCCGUUACUUCUGCACAGAGAGGGACCGCCAGUUCCAGUACAUCGCUAUAGAGCUGUGUGCCGCCUCACUGCAAGAGUAUGUGGAGAGACAGGAUUUUGAUCGGCAUGGACUGGAGCCUGUGAUGCUGCUGCAGCAGACCAUGUCAGGACUGGCACACCUGCACUCCCUCAAUAUAGUGCACAGAGACCUGAAGCCCCACAACAUCCUGGUGUCCAUGCCCAACGCCCACGGUCGGGCGCGGGCCAUGAUCUCUGACUUUGGCCUGUGUAAGAAGCUGGCGGUGGGCCGACACAGCUUCAGCAGGAGGUCCGGGGUGCCCGGCACCGAGGGGUGGAUCGCCCCAGAGGUCCUCAGUGAGGACUGCAAGGACAACCCUACGUGCACGGUGGACAUCUUCUCUGCAGGCUGUGUGUUCUACUAUGUGGUGUCCUGGGGAUGUCAUCCCUUUGGCAAGUCUCUGCAGAGGCAAGCCAACAUACUGCUGGGAGCCUACAGCCUGGACCAGCUACAGCCCCACAAACAUGAGGACAUCGUGGCCACAGACCUGAUAGAACAGAUGCUGAACAUGGAGCCCCAGAGGAGGCCUUCUGCUGAGAGUGUGCUCAAACACCCCUUCUUCUGGAGCCUGGAGAAACAGCUGCAGUUCUUCCAGGACUUGAGUGACAGGAUAGAGAAGGAGCCGCUGGACGGACCAAUCGUAAGGCAGUUGGAGCGAGGGGGGCGGGCCGUGGUGAAGCUGGACUGGAGGGAACACAUCACAGUGCCUCUACAGACCGACCUACGCAAAUUCCGGUCGUAUAAAGGAGGGUCUGUCAGAGAUCUUCUCCGUGCCAUGAGAAACAAGAAGCACCAUUACAGGGAGUUACCAGCAGAGGUCCAGGAAACUCUGGGCUCCAUCCCUGAUGACUUUGUCUCCUACUUCACUUCCCGCUUCCCCCACCUGCUGCACCACACCUACCUGGCCAUGCGCACCUGUGCCCACGAGAGGUCAUUCCUUCCCUACUACUCCAGCUCAGAGCAGCUCUCCUGGAUACGGACUCCCUACACACACCCCGAGACCACGCCCCCGCUGCAGACACACACGUCGCAGCCAGAGGAACCCACACCGUCAAACACAGUACCCUCACAGCCUGUGAUGGGGUCGAGCACAAUUCCAUCCACAGCACCCAUACAGUCAGUGACCGUAUCAGACUCCACACCCAUACAGUCACUGUCAAUCACAACAACCCCCCCACAGUCAGUGCCAACCACAUUACCAGCAGAGCCAGUAUCAUCCACAUCAUUACCAGUCCAACCAGUACUGCCUACAUCACCCUCAUCCACACUGCCAGACCUGCCUCCACAGACAUUGUUGCCCUCAGAACCCCCCACACAGUCAGAAACCCCCUUUACAGAUCCCGUCCCACCUGAGCCACACAUACUGCCAGUGCCACAUCCAGCCACACCGGACACGGAGCCUGCCUGAGAGCCGAUGAGGGGUGGUAGAUGAGUGCUGCACAGAGGAGCAUUGCCUUACGAGUGGACACAUACUGGUGCUCUGUUGCUCUGUCCUGUGCUGGUGAGGACCAGGCCUGCAGUGCCUGGGAGCUGCCGACAGGGGGGAGCAGCAGCCCAAACCAAGUGCCUUUCCUGCUCGACUGAGACAAAAUGGCUCCGAAUGGAAUCGUCCCAAUGUCCCUCGAAGCAUCAAGAAGCCAGUGCUGAAAUGAACUAGUGGGGGCUGUAAUGUGUAGUACAGAGAGAAUCUGUUUUAUUUGCAAUGGAGUCCCUCCUAAUGUCAAGUAUUGUGAGGUAUUCAAGUAUUGUUGGGCACAAUACUUGGCAAAGCAAGGGAGGAAUUCUUCUGUUGAUGUUGUUGAAAGACGAGUCGACAAUGGUAGUUUUACUGUGGAAUCUUUUUUCUCUUAAUGAGCCUAUUCACUGUAAAGAGGUGUAUAUUAUUGUAUAGGUGAUGACUUGAUAAUGACUAUCGUUGAAAUCAUGGGAUGUGGCCAUUGUGCCUUUUUAAAUAACACUGUGUUAUGUAUGUGGGCUCUGUGAGGGUAGAUGUGUCUGGAAUAGUUUUGCUUGCUGCUGCAGAUGCUGCUUUUCUCUCUUGAAUCAAUACUAUUUCAGUGCCUGUCUUCCUGUGCAGGCGAAGGCAGAUAGUCCAAAGGGUGUUUGAACUAAACACUGGUAAAAGCAUAAUGUGUUUAUCUUUUCUACUUUUAUCUCUGAUAGCUUUGUGCUGUACAUAAGGCACAAGGCAAUAUGUGAUCUGAUGUGUGUUUUUAUUGCAGGACAUCACCCAAAGUCUUGUUUGCUUGACCUCUGACACACGAGGCCUUUACUAAAAUUGGUUCAGCUACAAGUCAUGACAGGAUGAUUACAGAAAACAUUCACUUCACAUUCUGGUUUUGCUGUCUGAGCAAUGGUGUUUUCUCUCAUCCUAGCUUUGAUGAAUGAUGAUCCAAUGCAAUAUGUUUUAUUCAAUCAUAUUGUCUGUAUAAUGAUUGGCAGUUAAAUAGGUCUUCAUUUAUUACAUGAAUUAACUGUUAUAGUUUGUUCAUAUUUUAUUUUUUAAGUGGAAUACAUUUACUUCAGGUUUAUUUUGUACUGUUCAUUGUACAUCAAAAACCCCAAGAAUGUACAGUAUUUUGUCUAAUGCAAGCUGUUUAAAAUGAAGUGAAGAGGGUUUUGUGCAAAAGUGAACAGAAUCUUUUGCAGUCUCGCCUGACGAUGCCUUUUAGUGUUAAGAUUUCAUUUCUAACAUGCCAUCCUGAAUGCAAGAAUAGUUUGUUUUAUGAUAUUCCAUUUUCAAUUUUGCAUUUGUCUCCUUUUGCCAACAUGUCUGCCAUUGUUGGAGUGAAAAUGCCAAAUUAAAUCAGCAUUAAUCUGUUACUGUGUUAGUUUGCAGAUAUUUUGAGCUUGUGGAACUAAUGCUGCAUUCAUAACCAAGUGGGAAGGUGGUAUUUACCAUAUACCGACUGGGAAAAAUCCACUUGAACGCACCUACAACUUCCAAUUACUAGUGAGAAACUCAUCGAUCAUCCCUGAUCUCGGCUUCUCCCACAUGCUGACCUCUGACAACACCUACGAAGGAAGAGACUUCACCAACAGCAGUUUCGGCAGUUAAAUAAGCACCAUUACAGGGAGUUACCAGCUGAGGUCCAGGAGACUCUGGGCUCCAUCGCUGAUGACUUUGUCACCUACUUCACCUCCCGCUCCACACCUACCUGGCCAUGCACACAUGUGCACAGGAGGCACUUCCUUCCCAACUACUCCAGCUUAGAGCAGCUCUACUGGAUACGGACUCCCUACACACACCACGAGGCCACCCCCCCGCUGCAGACACACACGUCGCAGCCAGAGGAACCCACAUUGUCAAACACAAUACCCUCACAGCCUGUGAUGGUGUCGGGCACAAUUCCAUCCACAGCACCCAUACAGUCAGUGACCGUAUCAGACUCCACACCCAUAGUCACUGUCAAUCACAACAACACAACCAUAUUGCCAGUAUCAUCCACAUUCUUACCAGCCAAACCAGUACUGCCUACAUCACCCUCAUCCACACUGCCAGACCUGCCCCCAUGGACAGAUGCCCAACCAGCCCUCCACACCCUCAGAAAUCCCCCUUACAAAUCCUGUCCCACCUGAACCACCAGUGCCACACAGGACACGGAGCCUGCCUGAAAGCCAGGUGAUGGGUACGGCACAGAGGAGUGUUGCCUUGGGGGUUUAGGCUGGGUUUCUGUAUAGCACUUUGUGACACCUGCAGAUGUAAAAAGGGCGUUUUAUAAAUACAUUUGAUUGAUUGAUUGCCUUACGAGUGGACACAUACUGGGGCCCUGUGGCUCUUUCCUGUGCUGGUGAGGACCAGGCCUGCAUUGCCUGGGACCUGCCGACGGGGCAGCAGCAGCCCAAACCAAGGGCCUUUCCUACUCUACUGAGACAAAAUGGCUCAGGAUGGAACCGUCCCAAGGUCCCCCGAUGCAUCAAGAAGCCAGGGUGGAAAUGAACUAGUGUGGGCAGAGAGAACCUGUUUUAUUUGCAAUGGAGUCCCGCCUUAUGUCAAGUAUUGUUGGGUACAAAAUACUUGGCAAUACAAGGGAGGAAGUCUUCUGUUUAUGUUGGAAGACUUAAGUCAACAAUGGUAGUUUUACUGUACAACGUUCCCUCAGUGAGCCUUUUCACUGUAAAGAGGUGUAUAUUUUUGUAUAUGUGACUAGAUAAUGACUUAAUCAAUGAUAAUCAUAUGUGGCCAUUGUGCCUUUUUAAAUAACACUGUGUUGUGUAUGUGAGCUCUGUGAGGGUAGAUGUGUCUGGAAUAGUUUUGCUUGCUGCUGCAGAUGCUGCUUGUCUCUUGACUCAGUACUAUUUCAGUGCCUGUCUUCCUGUGCAGUCAAGGAGAGAUAUUCCAAAGGGUGUUUGAAUUGAACACUGGUAGAAGCAUGUGUUUCUUUUCUACUUUUAUCUUAUCUCUGUUAGCGUUGUGCUGUACAUCGGGCACAAAUAAAUAUUGUUGUUUUUUAUUGCAGGGUGUCAGCCAGUUUUGUUUGCUUCAUCUCUUGACACACUAGGCAUAACUAAAACUUGUUUGGCUACAAGUCAUGAUAGGAUGAUUACAAUGUAUUCCCUUUACAUUCCGGGUUAUGGGCUUGAGUUUCUUUGUCCAUUCUUUGAUGGAGGGAUUAUAUUUAUUUUCUCUCAUCUCAUAUUCCUUAACGAGGAUCCAGUGAAACAUGUUUUAUUCAAUCAUAUCCAUUGUCAGUGAAUAACAGAUUAAUAGGUAUUUAAUGUAUUACAUUUAACUGUAAUAGUCUAAUAUUUUAUUUAUUUUGUAAGCUGUUAUGUACUGUCCAUACUACACUGUUUCAACAUUUUCUCAUCUUGCAUUGCCAACGAAUAUGCAGCUGUUUUAAGUGAAAAAGCCAAAUAAAUCAGCGUUAUAUUUGUGCCUUUUGAACUUUA